CUGCUAGUGAUACUGCCUCCUGUAUCUUUAUAUAUACAAAAUAUAGAUAUCGUUCAAAUAGCUAUAUAUACAGUUAUACCUUCUUUUCUAUACGAAUCUGUAUAUACAACGAUCUCCCUGUCGUUGAUCACAGCCUCUUCGGGAUCGCUUGUUAAGUAAUAUUGGUAAAAGAUAAACUUGCAGUAUACAUAACAGUACAUACCCAUCGCAAUACCUUUACAUUCAUAUUUACAUAUACAUAUAUAAAUACACAAUAGAUACAUCAUGUCGACAAGUUUGCAGAAGCAAUUGCAAAAAAUCGCUGGAUCGGCUACGGCAGUCCAUCGUAGUGCCUCGAAAAAGCAGGUCUCAUUCCUCUACGACAAUACUAAUGAUAUUGUUAACACAGAUCUUGAGACUAUCUACGCGAUGGCUCUGAACGGAUUGGCGGAGUUGAACACUUAUGACAAUGCGUUUGCCGAAUUCGAACGCACACUCUUCUCACAGAAAGGUAAAGGUAUGGAGAGGCUGCAGCUGACUAAUGACGAACACGACACUCUGAACAAACAAAUCGAGGACUUUCUGUCGCUCUUGACUCCAUACUUUCUCCAGCGAGCUGCCCACAAACCCCUGGAGUACCUGAUCCGCAAGUUCCGCAUCCACGUACACAACGUGGGGGCCAUACUGUCGAGCAUAGUCCUGUACCACGAGACGGCUGCCUUUGUCCGUAUGGUCCGAAUCCUGGACCUCCAGACCACCAAAAAUGGAUCGCGCAACUGGUGUUGGUUAGAGACAGUGCAGAAGGAGAAGAGGCCCUUGUCCAAACAGGCAUGGGUAGCGGAGUGCACGCGAGAUCCCUCUCUGUUGUUGGUGGUAGGGGAGAUAGCUCAGAAUACGACGUCGUCGAAACUGAAUCGGGACACAGCCGCCGUGAGUUUCUGGGCCGCGAGCGUAGUAUCGGUCAUUGAUAGUGCACCAGCGGUUAAUGAAGCCUUUCUGGGCCCUAUGCUACAACAAGUGGUGGCUGCCAUUGAGUCGAGUAACGCCAACUACAACGCUGCGGGGUGUAUAGUUCUCAGUGCUCUUUCGUCGCGAGUGAGUAUUGCCGCCAAACCGCUCCAGAUGUUGCUGAAAACGAUUGGCAAGAGCAUCACAGCAGUCAACUACAAGACGAGUGUCAUCUGUAUUGCGUACAUAUGCCGGUCGCAAAACGUUCAGUCGCUGCCCACUGCCGUGGUCGAGAAGGUGGUGGCGUUAGAUCAACACGUUAAUGAACAGGGGGGAUCGGUGGUUUCCUUAUUUGGCAAUCAGCUCAAGAAUGGCGGGGAAACCUUCCUGCUACUACUCAUCAGUCGCCUCGCAGGCAAGAUCUCACUCGGAGAGGGAGACUGUGACAUGCAGUCUCUGGUACACACUCUGCACCGCCUGAUCAGUCUGGUAAAAAUGCCCACCGAGGUUAGUGCACACGUGACCACCCUUAUCCUGCAACGUGCCGUGGACCUGCUUCGGAUCGAGGGUGUUGUAACGAACAUCCUGUCACAGGUAAUGGUGGAGCGGGAGGUGGAGGUGAAGCUACAGCCCACUGUGAAGCUGCUGGCGACUAAGUACCCCACGCAGAUGGAUGCUGCUAUCAAUCUGUUGCUCAAGAAUGCCGACCCGGCCGCGUUCCGCUUUAUCUCAAAGUGCUUUGCGGGAUCCAGACACCAGCCGAUGCAGUUGUCGGCCGAGGAGCCCAACACCACUAAUGGUGAGACGAACCCUGAUGAGAGUACCAAAAUCGAAUACGGAAGUUUGUUGACCUGCCUUGAACAUCCCCAGGCUGUGAUUCGUCUACAAACAGUCAACUAUCUGCGGACUAUGGACAAGCGCGUCAUCACAGAGUCCGAGCAACAUCACCUGAUUCGCGCGCUCUCCAAUCGAAUCGAGGAUGAAGACACCAAGGUAGUGAUCGGUGCGUUAGAGGCACUGGCCUUCUUACUCAAACUACGGUUCAAUCACGGCGUUAAGAAGCAAUCGCAUAAGUCACACAAGCCGUCUAAGAACGGUGUGGUAGUGGCCACAGAAGACCCGGCUGAGCUAGCUGCGAAGGAGCAGAUGAUAGUGGAUCUGAGGGAGAGUCUCUUGCGCUGUGUGUACAGCGGCGCUAAUGCUGUGGUAGUCACGAAAGCCGCCGACGUUCUGUUCUUUGUGUAUCUGGGUGUGUACCGUAAGCAGUUGGAGACUGUGGCGCCGCAUGCGCUCGUGUGCUUGUUUGCCCACAACGACGCUCACUGUGCCCCCGCAGCCCGCGUGGCCAAAAUUCUCACCGAGGGAGCUAUAUUACAGAAAUCGCCGUGCUUUGCCGGAUUUACACCGGCUGUGUUUGAGACGUUUAAGAGCCCAACUGCCUCCACAGUACAUAAGAACGAUGCCGUGAUUGCGGCCCUCUCUGCGACCAUCAAGGCGAAUCCUACUCUGGGAGUAGAUCUCUUUACUCUGUGCGAGCAGACGCGCACCUCUACAGAUGCGAAUGCGAAAGCGAUGCACAGUAAACUCAGGUUUAUUCUGCUACUAGCCUCAGGCGGCAGUAUCCCACACCUAGUAACCACUUCACCCAAGUAUGUGGAGAAGACCCUUCGGUUUAUCGAACAGGAGCUGGCCGUCGCAACCAAUCAGAACGCCACAAACGCCAAUGUAGGUAAGUCGAAGGUCAAGAAAAUCAAGGCGACGAAGUUGACUAAGGCGGUGAUGUCGGUGCUUGACAGAGACUCGGGCGCUGUUCCAGACUACGCCGUGUUGCAGACCAUUCUGCUGUGCACGCUCCAGCGCAUCAUCACCAAGACGGCCCUCGGCGGCAACGACGAGCAUGCAGUCAUGCUGCUGUGGCGCGUGUUCUCUCUAACAGCAAGUGUGGACUCGCGUCACAUGAGCGACGCCGUCCGCACGGCCGGGUUUCAACCCCUGCUGAUUGAGAUCUUUACCCGUAUACCAGCCCAGGCUGAGCUGUUGUUCCUAGCGUCGUCGUGGUUGAACGAGUCUAACACUGCGUCCAACACCAACGGGGUUGCGGUGCAUGUGCGUGCGCUGUCCAUAGCCCAUGCCUUCCUGCAGUCCUUAGCCAACAUGACCCAGGGCAGCGAAAAAGGGACCGGUCCUCUCCUGGAGAGUGUGGUUGUGUUUGUCCCGUCUCUGCUGGCCGUGUUGGUGUCUGAGACACCCGUGGUGCGGCAGCUAGCGCUCAAGUGCUUUGCGGCGAUUGAUACGAUCUUCACCAAGUCCACCGAGCAGAAGACCAUGCCCGACUACCCGGGCACCAAGGACAUCCAGGUUUCAUUGGGUGCUAUUAAUAGCACAGUCGUCUACCAAUCGCUGGCGAGCACGGUGUUUGCCCACAGCGGUGUCACGGGCUUGAAGGGGGUGUACGCUACGCAGUUGGUCAAGGAGAUUGUGGCGCAUCAGUUGGAGUUCCAGAACGAUGCCAAGUACCUGGCUACCUUUGCCUCGCAGGGAUUCACAUCGGCCCUCAAGGAGGGACAGACCAAGCCCAAACACGUGGGUAAGAAGUAUCAGGAGAGUGUAGCGCUCUUCAUAACCUCGUACACGUGCGCACUCAAAAAUCCUGUGCAGCAGUCGUUGUUACUCUCGGCUGUGGUGGCGCUGAAGAAUGGGGCGCUGGUACUGCCGUCGACCAUUGACCUGCUGCACCAGCUGGCUCAGAAGUGCAGCAGUGAUACCAUUGACCAGUCGGUAUGGGUGGGUAGUAAGCCAUGGAAUAAGGCCGGGCCAAAGCACCGACUGACCGUUGCGGAAGUGAGUGUGCUCGAAAUGUUGAUCAAACAGUUCGAUACUACGGUCGCUCCCAUGUUGACCAUAGUUGAUGACCUGACCCGAUUCUUGCUGGAUGCACUCAAAGGAUUCCCCGGCUACACCCACGGGCAAAUGGUAGCCGUGCGUGCUAUUACGCCCGAGAUGUUCGUAGAGGCGUCUGCCGAUGUACAGCAAGAUCUGGUGACCACUCUGUGUGGUGUAGUGCAGCAACGCCACAACUCCAACCACUGCAUCGUUGCAGCCAGGAAUGCGCUGGCACACCUCCCGCUGGACCACACGCACUUCAAGACGGAGAUUGAUCGCUCCGAGUUCGUGCGCUUGACCAACGAACACACAAGCCAAAUGCGUGACGUCGCUGGCGGAGUUGCUCCACAAAUGGGUAAGCGAAUCAGAAGCGACUCCGAAAGCACUGCUGUAGCCAAUCAGAAUCAGGCGGACGAAUCUGUCAUCCCAGCAGACAACCUACUCCAGCUGAGCACCAUACUAGAGGUGCUGCAGGCAAAGACGGACGUUGAAGGCGAGUACCGUCUCCUGGCCGAUCUCUUUGAUGUGAUUGGUCGCUGCAUUGAUCUGCAGCCUAUUUCGGCGGGGCACUUUGAAGUCGAGUCGGUGAAGCAGAGUGCGCUGUGUGCGGCGGUGGCUGUCUUCACACGCACUACCGAUGAGGCUCGCGAGCAGAACGACAAGGCCACUCUAGCCGAGAUCAAGAAGGCAGUGGACGUUGAGCUGAUCGUGCGCUGUGUGCGCAUGACCGAAAACCCUCAGACACACCACCACACGCUACAGUUACUAGCCCACAUCGCCGAUGUGUAUCCCAGCAUAGUGCUGCAUAACAUCAUGAGCAUCUUCACGUUUAUGGGGGACAAUGUGCUGCGCCAGGACGACAAUUAUAGCUUCCACAUCAUCAAGCAGAGUAUAGAGACGGUUAUACCACCCUUGAUCCGCAGCACGACGUUUACCAACGACCCUGUCAAGAGCAAAGUGCUGGUGCUGGAUAUUGUAAAGGUAUUCGUGGGUGCGUAUCAGCACAUGCCCCAGCAUCGCCGUCUGCGUCUGUUCACACACCUUCUGAGUACAAUCGGUGUCUCCGAGUACCUUGGUCUGGUCUCGGUGAUGAUGCUGGACACCCACGCGCUGACCGAAACCAAUCGUGCACAGCAAGACGCCGCCGGCAACCAUGGCAACGAGGAGAACAUCUCGGUCGAGGCUUUUGUCGCCCAGUUGAUCGCCCAGUUUGAUACGAAGGCUCAGCUGUCGGCGUUUGUUGUCAUGACGAGCUUUACCUGCGAGCUGCCCAACCACCGACCCGAGACUUCCCAUGAGAAGACGGCGUGGAAGCGUGACCACGCUAUCGAGAGCACUGUGUGUCCUCUAAUCACACGCAGUGAUUUGCAAAUCGCUCAGUUCAAAGGCAUUACCGUACAAGUGGUCGCUAAUAUUCUGGGCUCCAGGACCUUCUCCAUGUUUAGCUCACAGGCUAUGAAGGAACGCCAGCAAGAGAGCGAUCACAUGGACGAAGAUGAGGAGAGUCUGCAAGACCAGUACCUGCGCUUACUCGAGAGCAUCCUGACACUGUCACGUGUGGUCACAGAGCACAUGUCGCAUCUCAGCAGACAGAAGGGCGCCAGCAAGAAGCACACGCCCCUUACGCGGGCUUGGAAAGGCUGUUUGGACGCUGCCUUCCUGUGCAUGGAGUCGGUGAACAACUUACUGCCGCUGCCAAUGUUUGUGGAAGUGGUUAAGAAUCUGAUCCGCUUCGACGAUACCACCGUGCGAUGUAGAGCGUUGCGCUUGUUUGCACUGAAGGUGGAGGAGUUUAAGACACUCGAGGUUCAGACUAAGGACGAGAACGAACUUAUCCUGGAAGAGCCCGUACGCCCACACGGAGACAGCCAGGUCGACUCAGCCAUCCUGUUUGUGGGCAUGGUGGACCAUCUAGUGCAGUUAGUGGCGGAUAAGCACCCCUCAGGCGAUGGCAUUGUACAGGCCAACGUGGAUGGUAGCAGCAACACCAACAGCAUGAAGCAGAGCGCCAUGCUGAAUCUGGAGGUGCUCGCACAUCACUUUGCGUCUAAGUAUCCGGAACCCUUUGUACGGGCGUUGCCGGUGGUUAUCUCUCCGGCCGUCUUGCAGUCCGAAAGCUUGCACUUACAAGCAAGUGCAAUGGUGUGCUUGGGCUCGCUAAUCAAUGCACUUGGUACCAAGGUCAUGUCCAAGCUGCCCGUCUUCCUACCGCUUCUGCUCAACACCAUCCAGACGCAGAUCGACACCCGCAACACCACCGACCGGAGCAAGGCCGUCUUCGGUCCUACUUCACUGCUCCUGGUCAAAAGUGCACUGGUCGCAUUGUCCUCGUGUGUGGCUGUGUUGCCGCAGUUCAUCUCGAACAGACUGAGUGACAUCCUCAGUAUCGUUACGCACGAGGCGUUUGCCAAGAAGGACCUCUCGUCCGAAGAAUCCUUCGAGCUAUCACCCGCCAGCGGUACUGGCGCAGGUGAUGUGACUCAGAAGAUCUCUGACCUGCGUGACCAACUAGCUGUCGUACUGGCACCCCGAGUCAUACUACCAGCCUUAUACGCAUACUACACUAACGUCAACACGGCCCAGUUGCCGGCUCAGACCAAAGCGUACAGAGUGAUGGUGUGCGUGCGUAUGCUGAGCUCGGUCGUUGCUGGAAUGUCCCCAUCGGAUAUGCUGGUGCACUACAAGAGCCUGUUCAAGCUGCUUCUAACAGCGUUUGAGUUCUCUGAGGGGCGUGCGGGUGAGCAAGACGUUGUGCGUAACGUUUGGGUGGAUGAUGCGAGUGCCGACGCCUUUGUAGGCAUGGUCAUGAAGCUGUCGGAGACGUCGUUCAAGCCGUUAUUCCUGACGCUGGUUUCGUGGUACACGAAUACUAUGAAGGACUCGGCCAAGUUCCUGCUGAGAGGCCAGAUCUUCUGGCGUGUCCUGAAGAGGCUAUCAAGUACCCUCAAGACCAUCUUCGCCCCUUACAUCAAGCAUCUGGCAGCCCCGAUGGUGUCUGUGCUGAACAUGUACAACACAUCCAAGAGCAUGCCAAGCGAAGUGCGUGCACAACACGAGGUGGUGCCGGCGAUUUUGCACAGCCUGCUCUCGACCCUGCACAAUCUGUUCUUAUUCGAUAGCGCAUCGCCUAACACUGGGUCCAAGCGAAAGGUCUGUUUAUUGGGUUCUAUAGGGCAAAAGAAUAAAGGUGGAUCAAUAAGUGGUGAGGUGUUCAAGGAGAUACAUGAAUCGGUCCUACAUCAGUUGGAGAACGACAUUGGUGGUCUAGAAGCCACGCAACAACGUAACGCGCUACUGACUGAGGUAAUUGGACAAUUCGCUGUAACAAUUGCUGAUGAUGAUAUGUGGAAGACACUCAACAACAAGCUGCUGCUGAUGACAAGACAUCACGAAACAUCGGUGCGCGCUGCCGCUCUGACUGUGGAGAAGGAGCUGUACUCGCGAUUGGGCGAAGAGUUCUUAUUAUUGUUACCUGAAACUAUUCCGUUCUUGGCUGAGGCUAUGGAAGAUGAUUCCGCCGAGGUGGAAAGCAAGGCACAGGAGGUGAUCUCUACUAUCGAAUCUUUCUUAGGUGAAUCACUGCAGAAGUAUUUCUAAGAUGGUAGAUGAUAUAAUAAAACUUAGUUGAAAAUGUA